CAUUUUGGCCUUUCGCGCGCACCGGGGCAUUAAAACCCCGUGCACUGCUGGGCGCGAAGGAAGUAAGCGUCAUUGUGGAAGGCUUGCGCCUCGCGUGUCUACAGUAUAACAUUGCUCGAGAGCCGCAUCUAUCAACGCUCAUAAUCUGCAACAACAUCUUCCUUGGAGCUGCACAGCAGGGGUGACUCUGCAUACAUCUGCCCAAGAUGCCUACUCACGAUCCAGUCCACGUGCUGGACGACUACUACCUGGCGAUAACACUCCUGGUCACGGUCGCCUACCAGUUGAUUGGCUUCGCGUUUGCUUUCACCUUCAAAUUCGACAAGCUCACAGAUUUCAUGGGCGGCACCAAUUUCGUGUUACUCGGAAUCCUGACACUGGCACUUUCGGGGACCACAAAUGCGCGUCAAAUCAUCACAUCUCUGAUGCUGAUGCUAUGGGCAGCUCGCCUCUCCGGAUUUCUCCUGUUCCGAAUCUUGAAGACCGGCAAGGACGACAGAUUCGACGACAAGCGAGACAAAUUCUUUCCGUUCCUCGGCUUUUGGGUAUUCCAGAUGUUCUGGGUUUGGACAGUCUCGAUGCCAGUUGUCAUCCUGAAUAGCCCCAAUGUACUGCAGUACCGACAGCCCAGCUUCGGCAAGGGCAGCGACAUCUUUGCCAUAAUCUGGUUUGCGCUCCAUUUUGGCCUCGAGGCGCUGAGUGAUAUUCAAAAGUAUCAAUUCAAGCAGGGUGCAGGAAGUCAACCCGGUGCAGUGAACAACAAGGGGUUCUGGAAAUAUUCGAGGCAUCCAAACUACUUUGGCGAGAUCAUGGUUCAGCUUGCGAUCUAUAUCAUUGCCAUUACGCCCGCAUCGUACGGAACUGUGCCAUCUGGUUCAGGAGCAUAUGCGGCCUUGUAUGCCUCCAUCGUAGGCUUCAUCUUCCUUACGACACUGCUUCUAUUCGUGAGCGGCUUGACACUUCAGGAACGUCCUGGAGCCAAGAGACGCUAUGAGAAGGGUACUGGCUGGCACGACUACGAGAAGUAUCUGCAAGAGACCAGCAUCUUAUUUCCCAUGCCACCGGCUAUCUGGCGGAAUCUUCCGGUCAUUGUGAAGAGGACCAUAGGAUUGGAAUUCCCAAUCUACGUCUUCGACCCUGCGAAACACGCCGACCAAGACGCCGUGAAGCAGAACCGCGCAGAACAGGGACAAUCCGGAAGUGAAGGAGGCCAGCACAGACAAAGCACCGAACCCUUGAAUUAAACCCUGACGACUGACCCGACGAUGUUACGAAGGAUUUGAGCGUACAGCGACCACAAAUACCCACAUAGACACUAAUUUCUGCUGCUUUUGUUAACUGUAUAAGAUCUGUAAUUGUAUUUUCCGACAAUUUAUUCGAUGGCUCACCGCUCACCACUUCUCCAUCAUGGGUCGAAU